AUCUUACACCGCACAAAUUCUCUCUCUCUCUCUCUCUACAAUCAAACAAACCCUCAUUCUAAACCAAACCCCAGCAACCAAAAAAAUGGCUCCCAGGGCAGCAGAAAAGAAACCCGCCGAGAAGAAGCCAGCGGCGGAGGAGAAGAAAACCACCGCAGCAGAAAAGUCCCCAGCGGCGGCGGCGGAGAAGAAGCCGAAGGCCGGCAAGAAGCUACCCAAGGACGCCGGCAAGGCUGCCGUCGGCGGCGUAGAGAAGAAGAAGAAGAGGACGAAGAAGAGCGUGGAAACGUACAAGAUCUACAUAUUCAAGGUGCUGAAGCAGGUCCACCCAGACAUCGGAGUCUCAAGCAAAGCCAUGGGUAUAAUGAACAGCUUCAUUAACGACAUCUUCGAGAAGCUCGCCGGAGAAUCUUCCCGAUUGGCCAGGAUCAAUAAGAAGCCCACCAUCACUUCCCGGGAGAUUCAGACCGCCGUCCGGUUGGUCUUGCCCGGCGAGCUUGCUAAACAUGCUGUUUCUGAGGGUACCAAGGCUGUUACCAAGUUCACUAGUUCUUAGAUUUUCUCUGGGUUUUGUUGCUCUGUUGUAAUUAGGACUGUUUGUUUUCCUGGUUUUUUAUUUCCUCUGCUGUUUAAAUAGGUUUAUUAAAUCCUGUAUUCGUUUGCUUAACGAAUUAAUUCCACGGAUCACUUUUCCUUCUUUA